AUGUCGCCGAACACGGAGGCCGUCAACGCUGGCCUUGUCACUCGGCUUCUCGUUAUCCUCUUCGUUGCGGCACAAAACCAGAGAUAUCUUCGGCGGUUAUGGAAACGCUCGCCUGGUUUGAUGUCUGUAUUCAACAUGUGCAUCAAGGUCAAGCCAGUUGCGAGCCUAGCCGAAGCCAACGCCAUGCGAUAUGUCGCCCGACACACCUCCGUUCCCGUGCCGAAGGUACACUGUGCUUUUGUUUACAAAGGUGACUCCUAUCUUGUGAUGAGCAAGAUGCGUGGUAAAAUGGCAUGGCAAGGUUGGCAAACCCGUACCGAAGAGUCAAAGUCGAUAAUUCUCGGCCAGCUCCGCCGGAUGGUUACCGAACUCCGCUCCGUACCCCCUCCAGCAGGGGCAAGUAUUGGUAGUGUGGACGGCGGUCCAUUCUACGACUGUCGCUUACCUUCCAAGUUGCUCUGGGGGCCAUUUGCGACGACUCGGGACUUCCAUGAGGCUCUUGCAAACGGUGCAGAUUUGGAUAUUGACUAUGCGGAUCUGCCUGAUGACGUGCAUGAGCUCUUCGAGUUCUAUCGACAGUCAGAUACUCAGCUUGUUUUGACCCACGGUGAUCUCAGCAGCCUGAACAUUUUGGUCGAAGGGGACGAUGUGGUCGGCAUUGUGGACUGGGAGACGGCAGGAUGGUUGCCCCCGUAUUGGGAGUACACCUGCGCCAAGUAUGUCAAUCCUUUCAAUAAAUUCUGGGAGGCAGAGGUAGAUAAGUUCUUAGACCCUAUGCCACUUGAGCUGAAUAUGGAGAGGAUCCGGCAGAAACAUUUCGGUGCUCUCUGA